AUGAAGGCAAGGAUCCACGAGGAAAGAGAGGACACCUCCGAAGUUGAAAAGCCUUCGGAUGUGUCGACGGGGAGAAAAGACAACAAGGACAAAAGGAAAGUGAAAAGGGAAGCGGCUGCCGAGGUCGGCAGAAGCCGCCACAGCCGCCUUUCCAUGCUUCUCCUUCUCUUGCCGCUCUGCCUUCUGGCCGCCGACGACGUCAAGCAGCAGUUCACUGUAGGCUGUUAUGACCAAUCCCACUUAGUACUUUUGUGAGAAAAUUGUUUUUUUUUCAAGUUUUAUGUAGAGUGCUUGAAAUGCGGGAAGCUUAGGUAUAGCAUAUUUUAUUCUGGCUUGGGACAGUGAACGGGCGGUUCAAAUUGCGCGGCGAAGGUAGAUCACGGCAUCUACCCCUGCGCCUUCCAUAUUUCUCUCUCUUCUGAAUUCGUCGAAUUACAGAAGACCUGAAAACAAAUUGAAUGAAUAUAUAGCCCAUCCCGCGCCAGCUUGUCACGUUUUUCUUUUCGCCAAAGAGACCGUAUACCGAAUUAGAUCAAAACAGAGCAUCUUCGCUUCAAGACUUCUGUUUCGUGCUGUCUUUUUAGCAGUAUUGUAGAGAAAAAAAAGAAAAAAAAAACUGAAGACAAUAAAAACCAUAAUAAAUUACAGAAUGAAGCUCUUUUUAAAGAUGCAUCUCAGUUUCUUUCAAUUUUAUUCGACGAAUUCUUCUCGGAAACGGCAUUUUUGGAAAUAUUUCGCUUGGCAAAGCUAUUUUGUGUCUUUUUUCAUUUAAAGAGAUUUUUUAUAAUUUAAUACACAUUCAGAAUAUGCCAAAAACUUGCGAGAACCAAGAAAAGAAUUGCUUUUUUUCCAAGCACUAAAUCCACAAAACUCGACUCUCAUCUCCGCGCCCCUAUUGCUUUAAACCGUGCCGCUGUUGCAUCUGCCACGCCUACUCAUCUCUUUUAUUGUUCGGAGCUGUAAAAAAAAAACUAACUCUGCCUUCGAUCAAAUAUUCAGGCUUCACUUGUUUUAAUUUCAGGAGCACUUCAACGUAGAGGAGAGCCAGCUUGAGAGCGUCGAGGAGUUGCUUCUGAAACUGAGAAAACUUGCGCAUUCGAGAAUCUUUUCUGGGAGGAAGUUCGGGAGCGACGUCAGUUUGCGGUGAUUAGUGACGCAUAGAUUGAGUUGAGGCUGUCGAAGACUCGAAGAAGGACGUCGCUAUCAGUAUCGAGCAGGCUAAUGUCGGCAAAGACGUCUCUCCCUACCUUUUCGAAGGUCCAAAUUACUGCUCGUGUUCGACAAUAGCGUUAUUCCAGGCGACAUCUUCCUUUCGAAGCACCAAGCUAUCGACAUUCUCAAGAAAGUUUCCAAUAUCAGAGGGAGCAAACGUCAUCGAAGGUUCAUAAAUCAUUUUGAGUUACUCCUAACGGAGUAGUUAAAGUUAAGAAAAGAUAUUGAUCUUAUUAUAAGUCUAGAAAAAAAUACAAACAAGCGAAACGGUGAAAUAUUUUCAUUUUUGGAAAAAAAAAGUGUGAGAAAAAAGCUCAGAGGUGUGUGUAGUAUGUUAUGGCCCGAAAAAUGAAUAUAUGAUUUGAAAGAACUCACGUUGAAAAUAUUCAUAUAAUAUUAAGAGGAUGAGAUUAUGUGAUAUUACUUGGCAGUCCCGAAAAUGUUUGUGUCGGGAAUACGGCGCUCCCAAACGGGGUGGGGAGACGUCAAAAAAAUUUGGCGCGAAAAAACAAAAUUUCAAGUUAUCAGCCAAAGGCGAUCGAACAAACAAAUUAUUAACGUUUAAUACUCAUGUAAUUUUUGACGUAGAAUGACGUCACUUUUUCCGGAGAGCGCACUUUUUUUGUAAUUUCUGAAACUUUGACGCCUCGCUCACGUUCCCUCACCCCAUUAGGAAUGCUGUGGAAAAUAGAAAUUCAAACGCUUUAAAAUAAGGUAUUCAUGGCCAUCGGAUAAUGGGUCCUGACACGAUAAAAGAAGAGAAAGUGGCUGGUUGGUGGAGAGCGCAGACAAGCCACGCCUCCUAUGGUUUAUGUUUUGAAUGUACAAUGACGUCAUUCCGAAACGCUCCGUGGAUGGCUCGCUCUCCGAUUGGUUUAUCGCACUAUUAGGGGGCGGAGCUUGGGCGAGGACUUGAAAUUUGAAAUCUGAACAGACUAUAGGCUAGACGGUUUUUUUGAAUUUCGCGGAAUCUUUUUGUACACGACAUUCAAGCUACUGAAUAUAUAUUCCGCAUGGUUUUUGAUGGAAUGAACAGAAAUCGCACUCUUUCAGAUCGUUCGUUUCGGAUCAGGCGGCGAAAUGGAGCAGCUCCUCGCCGAUCAAAUACCGGUUUCACGAGAGCCUGAGUGAGUCUGACUUUUAGGUAGGCUUAAAGAGAAGCCUUCAGACUUCUACGGCGUCAGUCAGAUCAUCGCCGCGAUCCGUUUCUGGGAGGAUUCCACAUGUCUGACGUUCGAAAACGCGCCCGACGCACUCGUCGGCGAGGACUACAUCGAGUUUUUCCAAGGACAAGGGUGCGAAGAUAUCGCUUCUCUCUCUGUCUUUUUUCCAUCUUUUUCCGGGCAUUCAUACGUAUCGAAGCUACGCUACUACUGGGAAUGGAUCGAACUGCGGAAAUUUCUAGCGAUCUUUCUUUUUGAAAAAGAAACUUGUAAAAUGGGAAUUAGCUCAUUCGGACUCAAAGAACGGAAAAUUAAUCCAACUAAAUUGAGAAAACCUAAAAAUAAAUCGGACAAGGCUUUUUAAUCUGACGUGCGCAGUUAAUCCAUGUUUCUAUUGCAAAGAUCGUUUUCCACUGGGAAAAUUACUUUGAGUUUAAAAAUAUUCAAAAACAAGGCUUCAUAGAACGUUUAGCCAGCUAACUAUAGUCUGUGGGCCAAAUUUCACGGAACGAUAUUCCGCUGUUCCGCUGCGUGCGUUCGUCUUUCGAAUCUAGGUCACGCUUUCGAUUGAUUGUUAAUGCUGUGGGAGCACAUGAAAGUAAAGUACCUUAAUAAAAGAAAAAAAAAUUUAAAGCGCGACCAAGGUUCGCAAAGGCGCGCAGCGGAACAGCGGAAUGUCGUUUGGUGAAAUUCCAAGUCGUGGUACACAGGCUAUAACUAGUAAACUUCUCUCAAAUUAUCUCGUCAAGACAAAAAUGUGAAGUUUCGUAGAUGCUACUCAAUGAUCGGACGCAACGGCGGCAGGCAAGGCGUUUCAAUAGGCGAAAACUGCUUGAAGGUCAGUUGCUGGUAGUUGCUCUCAAAUGUUUCAGUUGUAGAUCGGCGUCAUCGAACACGAGAUCGGCCAUGCCCUCGGUCUUUGGCAUGAGCAAAGUCGCCCCGACGCAACUUCUUUCAUUACAGUGGGCUAUCGCAUUUUGUGUGUAGCUGAUUAUUCACAGCUGGCUUGAGUCGUCGAAAAAAGGGUCCUGACCUUAGGAUCUCCAGAGUGGUCCCUAUAGGUAGGGACCGCAGACGAAUUUUCAAAAAAAUUUUUUCAGCAUUGAGCUUUGUAUGGUUUGAUAGCUGAUUCGAUUCAAAACUCAGAACCAUUUAGUUUUUCAAAAAAGAUCGAGGAUGAAAAAAGUUAUGACAAAAAAUGUGGCGCGCCGCGCACCAUUUUUUUAGUACUGAAAUUUUGGUAUUAUCCAUUUUUGACAUUUUUCUCGAUUUUUCUUCUAGAACAAGUUUCGAUACUGGUUUAUUAUGAUGUAAGGAAUCAUAAUAGAGGGCUAAAAUAAUGCAAAUUUGCUAGUUUGCCGAAAAAGUCGGUAUUUUCCAGAAAACAAAAAACUGACUCUUGGGGGCAUCGAACUCGCGACCUCAAAAUGAAUAAUCGCAGCGCACGCGCUGCGCCAAGCUGUUAGGUCCAACGCGGGGAGCUUCCAUCCGCCAUACCCUUGAGCCGUUUGAAUAGCACAGAUUGCCUAUUUCAAAAAGAAAAUCUUGAAGUAAUUAAGAUAUUUUUAUCAGAAUAUGUUCGCAAAUCUUUACUCAAACUUUCCGUGAAAAUUCACUUCGAAAAAACUGUUUUUUUAGUGCUUUUUGCCUCGUUUAACGAUCGCUGCAUUAAAAACGGCCCCGUAAAUUUUUUUGGCAAAGACGAAUUUUUUUAUUUUAUUCUUUUAAUUGAAAGAUUUUUUUACUAAUAAAUGUAUAUAAUUGUUUGAAAAAAACCUGCGUUCGACCGCUUUUCUGUGUGAUAAACGCCGCUAAUUUUAUUCUCUAGUUUCAAGAGCAUUUUUGUGUAUUAAACAACUUUUUCAAGCACAUAUUUUGUGGAGAAAUAUUUAAGUAAGCCCAUGAUCUAAAUUUUGAAAAAACAAAAACUCGAUUAUAUUCGCACAUUAACGAUAUUUUGAAUUAUGACUUUCGGCACUCCCUAAAAUUUUUGGCAAAGACGAAUUUUUUAUUUUAUUGUUUUAAAAUUACCGUUACUUGAAUCAAAAUCAUUAUAUAAAAAAAGAAAGAGUGCGUUCGACCUGAAAACACAUGAAAAAGCAAAAAAUGACAAAUUUUUUUAGUUGCAUUCACGUUUUUGUACGACAUUCCGCGAGAACGCAUCAAAAAAGCGUGAAAUGUUUUUUAAACGAAAGAGGAAGCUUUUCUGUACAUGUGUGUCAAAAUUUAUUAUCCAGUUCCACAUAUUUUGCAACUACAACAAAAUGAAAGUUGAAAACCAAAAAAAAGCCACUUUUUCUAUCGCGAAAAGGGGCGUGGCUUUGCGGUCCCUACCUAUAGGGGCAACCUUAGGGGCCUUUGGAGGGUCCCCUCUAGAUACCACUUUACCAACUCCCUAUAGGGCUUGCGAAAUUGGUCCCUAUAGGGAUUUUAGUUAGUGGCCCCCACAGGAGACAAAACUGUAUUUUGAAAAAAAAAAGCGAUUUUUGAAUGAAAUCGAAAGACCCCUACAGGAACCACUCAAGCUUUAAGAGUUGAGGGGUCAGAUCCUAAACACCUAUAGGGACCACCUUGGUUUUACCCGUUUACACACCACUUUUUUUUCGGAGCACACCUCUUUUCGCGACAGUCCAUGAAACAAUUCUUUGAUCCAGUCAUUUUUUAGAAAAGAAAAACAGUCCAUUCGGAAGUUACUGUGAUAUUUUGCCAGGACUUCCAUAAGAAUCGCCUAUUUCAAGUCAUCGUCGAGAUGGCAGUUGUAGAUUGCAGAUCGAACGGGACUUCAUUCUUCCCUCCUACAUCAGCGAUUUCCUUCAACGCGACAGAGAUGAAAUCGACACACUUGGAAUACCGUACGACUUGGGAUCCGUGAGCAUACUGUAGCGUUGAUGAAGAAAAGAAUAAGUUGAAAGAGUUUCGCAGAUGACUUUCGCAACAAAAGGUGUUUUCUUGAGAGAAGUAAUUUGUAUAAUUUAAAAGAUACUUUCUGUUAAGAGCAAUAGGGUUUCAUAGGUUUAUGUAAAACAUGGAAGACGUGGCGAAGUGGGCUACCGUUCACCAGUAUUUUUGUGAAAGAGAAAGUGUUCUUUGAUGCAUUAGAUAAUGACCUGAAAAAUUCCGAAAUUUCACAUUUUUCUAGUUGUCACGAACGUGAAAAAAAGCUCUCAGAUGCCGGAUUAUUGAGAAUUUUUGAGCUCAUGUCCCUCAAAAGCGGGAAGCUACUUAGAAACUCCAGAGGGGUCACUAUAGGGGCAACCUUAGGGGCCACUUUGCCAACCCCUAUAGGAGACAUGCUAAUAGACAAUUUUUAUGUACUCUAUAAAAAGAAGCAUUCCCAUGCAAAAAUAUUGAAUGAACAAGCGAUUUUCUAAUGAAGUUGAAAGAUCCCUAUAGGGGCCACUUAAGGUUUAGGGGCUACUAAGAAAAGUUUAGAAGACCCCUAUAGGGGUGAAAUAGGGGCCGCCGUAGGGAAAAAUUUUAGGUGCCCCUAGAAGGAACCACAAUUUUCCCCCAAUAAGGGCCCCCUAAACUUUCCUUAGUAAGCCCUAAACCCCUAUAGGAACCACUUUUUCGGCCCCUAUAGAAGUUGUGCCUUUAUUCGCCUGUUUCCUGGAGUAAAUUCGCCCACAAAUCCCUCGAAUUUCCGUUUCAAAAAAUAAUAAAUUUAUUCCAUAGAAGUCUAUGUCGUUUUUGAGAUUGGUAUCAAUAUAAAUGUGAUACCUGCAGGUGAUGCACUACGGGAGCACGGCCUUCAGCUCGGACCAGAUGAGCAAAACACUUGUCACGAGGUGAGGCGACAUCGCGACUGCGAAGACUGAAAUGUUGUAGAGACCCCUUGUACCAGAGCACUAUUGGACAAAGAGAAACGCUCUCUUUCUACGACAUUGCGACCAUCAAUGAAGCUUAUUGCAAAGGUUCUUCCUUUAAGUUCCAUUGUCAAGUUUUGAGGAAAUUUGCGCUAAUGAAAAAAGUAUAAAUACUCGGACGUUGGUAACGCGAAACAGACCUACUCCGGACGUUUCUGAGAAGUUCUAAGGAUCACUCAAGUGUGCUAACGCUACUAAAGUGGUCACUAGAAAUGCCCCGACACGUCCCAUUCGCGUUCUACUAGUGUGGGAACUCUAGAGUCGUUGGUUUCAGACAACUGUCCCAAAGUCCACGAAUGCCAGUUCGGCGGCUACCCUCAUCCGAGCGACUGCAGUACUUGCAUCUGUCCCGACGGACUCAGCGGAUCUCACUGUGACACUUUUCUCCCCCCAAAAAGUUACAUCGUUUCGACCCCCUGAGAUUAUUGUUCCAUUCAGACGCCGAGUGCGGAGGUUCGAUGAUGGUAGCUGAGGAUUGGGUGGAAAUUAGCUCUCCGAACUAUCCAGAUCCUGGCUACGAGCCCGACCAGAAGUGCUCGUGGCUUUUUAAGGUGACUCAAAAAAUCUCUGAUACUAAGGAAUUUCAGAGUGGUCUCUAUAGGGGUUCGGGGGAAAACCAGCCCCAAAAGGAGCCUUAAAAGUGGUCCCUUCAGGGUAAAGGUCUUUAUAGGGGUUUAGGGUCUGACCCCUUCCCUUACUUAGGUAUAGGAGAGUGAUCCCUAUAGGGAUAGGGAAACAGCCCCUAUAGAAGACAGAAAAGAAGUCUCUCAAGGGGUUUAGAGCCUGACCCCUUAGCCCCUAAAGCUUUAGUGGUUCCUAUAGGGGUUGCUAAAGUAGUCCCUAGAGGGUCUGUGCUCAGACUGUUCAAAUUACUCUGUGCGCAAGUUUUUGAGUCGGGAAGAAUCAGGUCGAUUGUUCGAGAUGUACCUAUACAAUUUCCAACUUGUUUACUAUCUCUCUUGACUAUAAACUUUUAACUUAUUUUUUCAUACUUACUAUGUUUAUUUAAGGCUCAUAACGCCGAAAAUCGACUCGAGUUUGAAUUCAUUGACGACUUUUCAUUUCUCUGUACUUCGACGUGUGUAGACUUCGUAGAGCUGAAAAUUUCGAGCGACUUGAAGAACACUGGUUUCCGGUAUACAAAAUUGAUAUUCAUUAAGACAUUGUGUAUGCAGGUUUUGUUGCUACGAACCUCCAAAAGGCAGCUUUGUCUCUGAAACAUCAACUGCGGUUGCCAUCUUCCGAUCGCAGCUUUCCAACGACGUCGGCUUCAAGAUGCGUGUCCGAAGUAGUGAGUCUUUUCAGAGACUCAAUAUGUUUCGAACACUGAGAAUCAUUCUAACAUUUUCAAAGGCUAAAAGAAAUUAUUGCAGUGGUGUUAAAUUCAAAAUUUUUUUUAAGUUAGGAGAAAAAUAUAAGAUCUUAUGAGUUAGAAAUGACAAGAGAGUACCGAAUAUUGUGGAUUCCAAUUGUAAAUUUUUCCUGUUUUCUUCUCAAUUCAAUUCAACCAUUUGAAGGCAAAAAGUCUUUCCUUUUUACUGCCCUUUUCCGUCCUUUCAUCGGCCUUCAUUCACCUUUUUUGGACCUUUUUGAGAAACUAAAUUUUUCUAAAGUGACAAUAAUUUUUACCAGUGACUGUGUAUGAACCAAAAUGUGCUACAGUAACAAAAUCGGAAAUAAUCAAUGGCCGAGAAUUUCUUCGCCCUUUUUGCGGCCUUAUUUCAGCCUUUUUUGAGUCUUUUUAGCAUACCAAUGAUGAAAGGCUCAAUAAAGGCCGCAAAACGGAAACCCUUUUGGCGGUCAUUUUGCACCCGUUUUCCGCACUUUCCACUUUAGCAGUGUUCGUUUGUGUUCUCAUGAAAGUUCCCAUUAAAAGAUCCGAAAAUCUCUUUGCAGCCAGACAGCCUCCAAGAACGACGCCGGCACCGCCCGUCGCUACGACAACUCGUUUAGCACAUCUUUCGGACGGUCACCGAAUUGAGUCGUUUCAGAGACGCCAGUGACCAUCUCCGGCCGGAACGUCUGGGCCGAGUGGGGUCCCUGGUCGGACUGUUCUCGCAGCUGCGGCGGUUGUGGCAUCCGCAGCCGCAUCCGCACCUGUCGCACCAGCAAAUGCGAGUAAGUUCAUCAACAUGUUCUGAAACGCGAAAAAAUUUUUGCUUCCCAUAUUUCUCUCCAAUUUCAUAGCCAAUUCAACAAAACGCUCAUUGAAUUCUCUGACAAGGGGGGUCAUUUUUUGCAUCACGGCAAUGGUGGAGCUUAGACUUUGAUUCGUUAUAACUCUACUUAAAAACACAAGGCGCUGUUUUUUUCACUAAUUUAGUGCUCUGCGAAGUUUCCUUAAAUUCCCAACCUUCCCUCGUUAAACUCUGGUAAGACAUGCUUGAAAUCAUCUAGAGUCCAACCAACUAUAUUUAUUUUUUGUUAGCUUUGCAAAAAUGUCAGAAGAAACGUGCAAAACAUGUUUCAACUUGAAAUAGAAGUCGAUAAGCGUUUUUUUUUCGCGUUUUUUAAGAGAUGUGCUCUGGGUUGGCCAUAGUGUUGCAACGCGGUCGCGAAGCGGUCGAAAAUUUUCCACUUUUCGAACUUUUUGUCUCGGAAUUUCCACAGAGUGUGUGUAUGGGGCAGUGAGUGAUCGAAAAUGUGCCAUGCAGAAAAUUUAUUGGAUGUAAUUUACGAUGCGACUUCGGCCAUCACCCUCGGCCCAGCUGCGUUUUUCAGAUUUCAAGCCAGAGAUAAUUUUUGAGGUUUUGAUCGAAGAAAAAUGUUGUUAGAAUUAGUUUCGAAGAGUGCUGACUUGAAUCUCGGAGCAACGGUUUGCAGCGGCCGGAGACAAGAGUUCAACACGUGCAACCUGAACGCGUGUCCGGUGGACCGACACUGCGCGUUGCUGUCCAACAACCGUCUCUGUGACGGCAAGAUAUGCACCAAGUUGUCCAGUCGGCUGUACUCCACUCCAACCGGGACGGAUUUCAGGUCGACGCCGACGAUCGCCUCCUGCGACCAGCCACAGUGCUGCCCGCCUUUCGUCAACAUCGACGGCACUUGUCACUUGAACGCGCCACUCAAUGACUUCCUUUCUCCUUAA